CGCAGAACUGUCAGUGCCCGUCGACGCACCCCCGGCUUCGCUCGCCCGCUUGGCCCCGCGGACUCGCACGCGCGCCAGUGCCAAGCCAGUGUGUGUGUGUGUGUGUGCAAACAGUUACCAGUGCUGUCUCGCGAAGGGAACAUCGUGGAUGAACAUCAAGAACAUCGCGGAAGGCGGCCAGCUAUGAGCGAAUGCGAAAGCAUUGUUUUCGUGGCGUGCGGGUAAACGUACUCGUUUAUGCACUUGUCGAGCGUUGCAAGGGAUUCCCACUCGUAGGAAAUCGUUCAGCUCAGCGUCGCACUAUUCGUACGUGUCUUUAUAGUAAAGCUCUCGAAGAAAUCUAGACUUGGAACUUUGUUGGCGCUAUUCGCUUCCAUCCAGGACCACAUGUUGCAUCCCGAAUUCUAAGAAAACUGAUGAGGUCUAUGGAACCUGCCCCUUAAUUUCACAAACAAACUUCUCAAAAUGAACCUGAGAUGUUGUAAACGGCAGCCGAGGAAGUAUUGCAAGGCGUACAGGCAGAAAACGAGUUCGCAUUACGACGGUACAUGAAGACUCGCACAUGAAAGUAGAUUAAAAGCAAGUGCACAUAGUCAGUGGCAGCUUCAGACUAAAAACCUAUAUUAUUACCAAAUGUUUGGAAUUUUAAACACUGCUUCCUCAUGAGUCACCACUAAUCAAGAAAGAAUAUACUGUGGUUGCAUUCAUCAUUGUUGGAAUCUGAAGAAGUGGAGCGAUUGAAGUUUAAAAUUUGCAAGUGUUGCGUUCGGAGGUGGUUGAAGGGGAGAGGCGAAGCGGGAGAGGUGUGAGGGCAUAUUGACGUUAUCCUGUCAGGGGACCGAUAAGCCCUGAUCCUGACCAAUCGCCACACACCAGCGCAUCACAAGGUGAAAGAUAACAGAAUUCAGAGCCGAAGUACCGGUGCUUCCAGCUCUCAGACCUCCUAGAGAAAUCGUGGUGACGAAGUGACAAGCUACUCUCCUACGUUUUUGUGCAGAAUAUCCAUGAAUUAAACAGUUGUUUCGUUGUCCUGUGUUUGUGUGGUGAAUCUAAUUCCUUAAGUGUUAUAUAAAAGACAAUUCGUGAGUCAGUGUAGUUUUCUUUUACUAUCAUUAGGAAGAUCAUCUGAAGGUUUCGAGUCACUGCCAGAAGACAUCGAAUCAGUGAAUAUUUUGACAAACUACGAGCAAUCUGAUUUUCAAAUACCACCUCAUUCACAGUACGGGUUCUACAAUAUUCAAAUGGAAAUGCUCAGCACGCUUAAUGCCUUGGCUGGGAAAAUCUCGCCUCAAAGCGGCACGGACAGCAAUGCUAAUAAAGUGAGCAUCCAAAAUAAUAACAACAACAAUAAUACGUCGCCGCAUCCGCACCCGUACAGCAAACCAGCUCCUCCCGUGCCAGCAUCGUCCGCUUCGGCAUCCCCUGCGAGCAACGCGUACGGGGACUCCAAACUCCCGCCUGCAAAUGGGGCGUGCUCCAGCCCGGAAAUUCUGUUUGGUUGCCAACAAGGUAACCGCACUUCUCGAAGAAGGACAGGUGCGGACUUCGGAGAUAUGGCCGGCACGCCGUUGUCCUUUCGAGAGAACGAUUUCUUGUUUGGAGGCAAAUAUGGAUAA